GCCUCCUCUGCCGCCACCGGUUCUGGCAGCUUUAUCGCCAGGGUCCCCAAACUCUCACUUUCUUUUUAAUCCGUUGCAUCGGAUCAGCGGCGUGCCCCACCAUGUCAGACGCGGCCGUGGACUCUAGCUCCGAGAUCACCAUCAAGGACUUGAAGGAGAAGAAGGAAGUUGUGGAGGAGGCGGAGAACGGAAGAGAUGCCCCAGCUAACGGGAACGCUAAUGAGGAAAAUGGGGAUCAGGAGGCUGAGAGUGAGGUAGACGAAGAAGAGGAAGAAGGCGAGGAGGAGGAGGAAGAGGAGGAAGAAGGCGACGGUGAAGAGGAGGGUGGAGGUGAAGACGAGGAGAAUCUAAACGUGGUCACCUUCCAGUAG